UUCCGAGCUAAUUUCGUCCCGGAUUCUCUCAUGCAAGCUGGAUUUCUUCCUCUCAUCCUUCAUUUUUCGCGUUAAUUCUCCGAGGAGGAGAGGUAGAUGAUUAAGGGGUUUUGCGGGUUGGAGAAAAUUUGGGUAAUCAUUCUCUUGCAUGCCUUUGAAUCGUUCUACCGAGUGGUAGGGUUAUCUCAGUGACUCACAGUGGCUUUUGGGAAGGAUUUGGGCGAUUUUCGAGCCUAAUCGCAACAAUGUAGUGUUAAUUAAGAAGUAUAAUUGGGGUCCUUAUCGUGUUGUGUUGCUGAAUUUAGGGACAUGUGUAAGACCCGUUGUCAAAGUUCUGAGCUGCUUUUCUAUGUGCUUGAACUGGCCUGGAUUUGGGUUUUUUUGUUGUUCAUGUGGUAGGGUUGGAUGAGGUGGAUCGUUGGCUUUAGUUAACAUCUUCUGAGUUUUCUUGAUUUGGUAGUAAAAAAUAAUGGCUAAGGACAAUCUUCCUUCGGAGAAGGUCAAUAAAGAAGAUCAUAGUUCCUCUAUUUGCACAAGAUCCUCGGCUGGUGCAGGCUCAACAACACCAGAAGCAUCUAGUCUGAGGCGGUCCAGUCGGGGGACACCAUCCAAGAAACCUGUGACUUUACAAUCUAAUACUAGAAAGUCAGAAAGACUAGAAAAACAAACUCUCUCGCCUCCUUCAGUUACCAGAAAGUCCGAGAGAAUCGAGAAGAAGAAUGCUCCGAGUCCUCUGAGGAGGCCUGAUAAAGGAAAUAGUGCAUCUUCUCUAAACUCUUCAAGGUCAAGGAAGUCUGGUAGGAUUUCAGGAGCUUCCCCAGAUAUCGAUCAAAGAAAGCACAAAAAGGAGAAGACUUUGGAAGAUUUGACCAGUCAUAUCAGAAAAUUUGAUGAACAUGGAGACGAGGAUAAUGGUAAUGACCAAGUUGAUGGCAAUGAGCCUGAUAAAAAUUGUGAAAAGUAUGUGACAGAAACUUUUGCACUAGUAACUCAUGGAGAUCCUCUGGAGCAGGCAGUAUCUCCUUCUCCCCACUCAUUCGAGGAGAGCGGCCAUGAGGAAGUGAGGGCUUCUCCAAAUGCUGAUGAUGUAGGAGUUGCUGUUACUUCUUUCAUGGCAGAUGGUGAAAAUGAUGGUGCCGAAAAAGUUGGCUCAGAAUGUCGACAACAAGAGAAUCCAGAACCACAGAAGGAUCAAGGUGGGACGGAAGUUGCUUCCGGUAAGGACUGUGGGGAGAAUAAUGGACAAACUAGACAACAAGAUGAAUCAAAUGAUUGCAAAGCAGAUUCAUCGGGCUAUGCGGAGUAUUGGGUGCCAGUGCAGAUAUCAGAUAUACAGCUGGAGCAAUAUUGUAUGACUCUCCUGUCCAAUUCCUUACCUCUCUGUUCGCGGUCGAAGAAUGAUCCUGUCGGAGCUCUGCAUAACACUCUUAUUUCUGCCAUGAAGACUUGCGACCAUCCAUAUGUUGUGGAUAAAUCGGUGCGAUCACUACUCACCAAGAAUGUUGAGCUGGCCAAAGUUCUGGAUGUGGAAAUCAAAGCAAGUGGAAAAUUACAUCUACUCGACACAAUGCUGAGGGAGAUAAGGAAGAAAGGUUCGAAAGCGGUUGUAUUCUUCCAGACUAUUAGUGACUCUGGAAAGAGUUUGAUUGGUGGUCUUCUCGAGGAGUUUAUGCUCGAGAGAUUUGGAGAAUCAUCUUAUGUGUGUAUAGAUCGUAAUGUCUUGGCUUCAAAGAACCAAUCUUCUAUUGACAGAUUCAACAAGGAGAGUGAAAGAUUUGUGCUACUGUUGGAAACACGUGUCUGCACAAAUGGUAUUAAGCUUUCAUCAGCCGAGGCUUUUAUUCUUUUUAAUAGCAGCUGGAAUCCAUUGCAUGAUCUAAGGUUCAUACAGAGGAUAAAGAUCGAGUCGGAAAGUACCAAAAUAUUCCGAUUGUACUCGUCAUGUACAGUUGAAGAAAAGGCUUUGCUUCUAGCUCGGCAGAAUAAGCCUAUUGUUGAGAAACCAAGCCCUCUUAUCAUUCAUGCGCUGCUCAUGUGGGGGGCUUCCUAUUUAUUUGAAAAACUGGAUUGUUUUCACAGCAAUCAAACCACAGAAUCAGGAGUUCUUUUCGGGCAAUCUAUUAUUGAAGGUGCAAUUGAUGAGAUUUUGUCCAUACUUUCUCCCAAAGGUGGCAGCAAGAAGAAAAGCAAGCGAUAUCUAAUCUUGGAAGCCAAACAUGUUCAAGGAACUUACAGUACUGAUUCUACAUUAUUUGGUGAAGAGAAGGUUAAGCUGUCAGAUGAGAAGCGUCCAAACAUAUUUUGGACAAAAUUGUUGAAUGAAAGGAAUCCAAUGUGGAGAUACUGUUCAGUUUCAUCGCAAAGAAACCGAAAAAGGGUAAGCUAUUUGGAGGACUCUGAACCAAGUAAUGGAGUUCGAAAUGGGAGAGUUUCAAAGAAGCAAAAGAGGGCUGCUGGUGAAAGCUUUGAUCCCCCAGCAUUCAUUGAGGAAGAAAAGGCCAGUGAGAAGGACCGGAAGGGGGCUUUGGGAUCACAUAGAUCUGCUUCUGGUACUGAUGACAUCUUGCAUGUAAAUGAUGCUCUUGAAUUGUAUUCUUUGGAAGGUAAUAUCUCUGAAAUCCCAGAGGAUAUGUUAACUGGCAAUGAUGCUAGGAAAGGACUCUGUGAGUCACAGAAAAAUCUCCAUGCUGCUCUAAACCCUGAUAUGGCUAAACUUUGCCAAGUUUUACAUCUUUCGGCAGAUGUGAUGAUUGUGGUUGAGAACUUUCUUGAAUACGUCAUCAAUAACCAUCAUGUCUGCAAAGAACCGACCACCAUAUUGCAGGCUUUCCAGAUCGCCGUGUGUUGGGUUGCAGCUACAUUACUAAAGCAAAAGAUUAACCGCACGGAAUCUCUGGCACUUGCUAAAGAUCGUCUAGUGUAUGGCUGCUCGAAGGGAGAGGUUGAAUAUAUCUAUUCUAUGUUGUGGUGUUUAAGGAGUGUAUUCUUUAAGAGCCAAGGUUCAAGGUUGGAGUGUCUUCUAAAAGUUUCUGAACCAUCAAUGGAAGGUACCAGUAAGAAUCCAGUGGACGAAAGUACGUCACAGGCAAUGUUUCUCCAAGAAAAGAAGAUUGCAGAAAAAGCUUUUGGCACAGAGAGUGAAACAUGCAUGUCUGAGAAGAGAUGCCUUGAUUAUGGUUCAAUGAAGAAGGAUAUUGACAAAAGUAUCCAAGACAUUGUAAAAAAAUGUGGAAAACAAGUCAGAAAGCUUUUGGCGAAGCAUGAAGAAGAAAAAAUAGAGCUGGCAAGGGACUAUGAAAAAGACAAGAGAGACUUGGGAAUAAGGAAAAAGGCAAAAGCAAUAGUUAUCAAUACUGUGUGGAGGACCGGAAGUACACAGGGUAAGAUAGAGGCGCUGACAGAAAUGGACUACGAAUUCGAAAGGAAGUUUGAUCUGCUCAAAAGCCAGAUGGUUGAAAGCCUCAAGAAUCUAAAGGAGAAGCACGAGGCUGAAAGGAAGAAGAUGGCAGAAUAUGAAGCUGAUUGGAUUAAAAGAAUGGAGAGAUGGGCUGAAGAAUUAUUUUGUCUUAUGCAGCAUAACAAAAGUGACCAUCCGAAUGGAAUAAUUCCACCAAGCACUUCUGGAAAUGUUCCUGAUGUAGCUGCAACAAGCAAUGACCUUGCUGGGGACGGAUGUGAGGAACGCCAAGAGGCAAUGGAUCUUGUAAUGGUGAGAAAUGGACAAGAGGAUAUAUUACCAGAUACAUCGUCUCAACGGCAAACACAUGAUGUGAUUAUCGAGAGCAGGUCUGAUGGUUCUACUCCAGCAACAGAACAUGAAACGUUGGCUACUACUGAUUAUCAAGAGAAAGAUGCAGCCUCUAAUGUAAGUUUGUCUGAGGAUAAUGUCCAUGAUGCAGUGACAUUACCAGAACCUGAUGAAGAUGUUACCUUGAGGGUGCCACUAGAAAAUGGUGCAUCCGAAGAUCUGCCUUCGAAUGGAGAACAGCCUUUGCUUUCGGCAGAAAAUAAUGGAGCAAGUAAUUUGACACCCAACUCUGUUGCCAUCUCAGACCAGUGGAAUGGGCUCAACCAAGCCGCUCAUGAUAUGCUUCCUCCACCAUCGUCACUGGCUGGAACUCAACAUGACCCUUCACCACACACUGAGAGCCAAAAUAUCGAACAAGUAGCUGAGCCUUCCAUAGCUGAACCGAAUACGUGUGAAGAGGAAGAAGCUGAGCCUUCCAUAGUUGAACAUGAAAUGGAAGAAGCUGAGCCUUCCGUAGCUGAACAAGAUACUCGUGAAAUGGAAGUAGCUGAUCCUUUGAUCGCUGAAUCAGAUACUCAUGGAAUGGAAGUAACUGAAUCUCUACACCGUUCAAGCAACGGAGAUGUUGUUUCCCAAAGUACUGGGACUUCGUCGCAUCAUGCAGAGAACCUUGUAGAGCCUUCAGCAGGUGGUGCAAGGAACCAGCCAGCUACCACUCAAGGCAGAUUGAUGACCAAUCAUAUACCGCAUAGUACGGGUCAAGCUGCUCCUCAGAAACCAUUCAGUGACCCGUUUCAGUAUGAGCUAGAGAAGAUACAUAGAGAAGCAGAGACAGAUGUGAAGAACCAUGAAGAUGCCAAAUUACAAUUGAAAGUUGAAUUAGAGACGAAGAUGGCUGAAUUAAAGAGGAAGAUGGUUGAAUUACGAUUGGAGUAUGAAAACAAAUGUCGCGAAGCAGAUGUCAAAUUGCAGGUCAGAGCAAAGGAGCUAGAAACGUAUAAGAAACUUGUUGUCAUGAACAAGCACUUGGCAGAUGCUUUCAAGAUUAAAUGCGCAGAUCCAAAUGCAGCUUCUGGAAGAACUGCAGCUUCUAGAGAUACAAUACAACUUGUCCAGCAAUCCGCACAGGGCCAAGCACCAAGGAGUUUUACCGCCCCUUCUCCCCCAUCAGUCACAUCAAUGGCUCCUUCCCAUUCUCCAUCAACCGUUCCUCCUCCCAUCCCUCGUCCAACUCUCCCUUCUCCUGUCCCUCCCGCCCCUCGUCCAUUAGCCCCUCCUUCACAAUCUCAAUCUACCAUUCCUCCUGUCCCGCCUUUCCCACGCCCAUUAACCCCUCCUCCUCGGUCUCAGCCGAAUGUUCUUCCCGUCCCUCAUCCUCCACAGUCUCAACCGGCUGUUCCUUCCCUCCCUCGUCCUUCUGUCCUUCCUCAACGAACCUCCAUCCUCUCUCAGUCAAGUCUGAGACCGCCUAUGAUCAUAACCACGACCCCAUCUUCGGGUUCCCCUUCACCUGGCUCUACUCCUGCACCCGUGUUUCGGGGAGUACGUGCCCCCGCUCCGCAUUUGCAGUCGUACAGAUCCUCGCCAGCCGCUGUAGGCAACAAUGGUCAACGAGCUCCAUCUCCCGCUUGUCAGAACUCUCUUCCCGCUCGAGUUUCCCGACCCGAGGCUGGUGAAGGGCCGAACACCACCACCUCUAGCCUUCCUGUUUUGGCUUCGGAACAAGACGGUCCAAGUUCUGCUACUGCUGCUGCGACAUACCCAACUAUUCUGAUUCAGAAACAGCAACUGGAGCAGGAACAAGGAGGGGACUCGACUAGUUUUGGCUUACAGAGUAACGGAGAUGUGGUCUGUCUUUCAGACGAUGAGUGAGUUAACAACAAUUACGGAACACUCCCUUUUUGUAUUUUUGAGAAUCCGAAGGUAUAUAAAAAUAUUAUUGAUUUA